AUGCACACAGAGAUUUAUCCUUACACUGCAGUGCCUGAGCCACCAAAGUGCACAGGGAGCAUUGAUGCUCGUGAACUGCGCUUCUCUCGUGCAAUGAUCUUUGCCAUUGAGGAGAUAAACAACAGCACAGAGCUGCUGCCUGGCAUCAAGCUUGGUUAUCAGAUCCAUGACUCAUGUGGUGCAGUGCCUGUGGCCAUGUACAAGGCCUUUCAGCUUUCUAACGGGGAAGACAAUGUCUUCUACAAAGACAAUAAGUGCGCCCAGUCUGGCAUGAUGGCGGCUCUUGUUGCUGAGUCUGGAUCCACACCAUCUAUCAGCAUUUCUCGGAUCAUAGGGCCCUUUAACAUUCCUCAAGUCAGUCACUAUGCCACAUGUGCUUGUCUUUCUGAUAAGCAGCAGUUUCCAAAUUUCUUCAGAACAAUUCCCAGUGAUGCAUUUCAGGCCGAAGCCCUGGCCAAGCUGGUAAAACACUUUGGCUGGACGUGGAUCGGCACUAUCUGCUCUGAUUCAGACUAUGGCAACAACGGGAUGGCCUCUUUUCUUCAAGCAGCUCAAAAGGAGGGGAUCUGUGUGGAGUUUUCUGAAUCUUUUUACCGGACCAAUCCAAUUAGCAAAAUUCAAACAGUAGCUGAUGUGAUCCGCAGGUCAAUAAAACUUUCUGUUUUCCACACGAUUAAGGCAACAGCUAAGGUUAUUGUGGCAUUUACUGCCUCUGGAGAUAUGAAAGUCUUGUUGGAAGAACUUGCCAGAAAACCUGCACCAUCUCUUCAAUGGAUAGGCAAUGCUGCUGCAGGAGAACGUGUUUGUGAUGGAAGUGAAGAUCUAAAAAAGCUUCAGAGUUCAUACACAGAAACUUCUCAGCUAAGAGUCACCAACAUGGUGUACAAGGCUGUUUAUGCAAUAGCACAUGCUAUUCACAGUGUUGUGUGUCAAAAGAGAACUUUUAUAACUCGGUGUGACAAAAAUUUGAUGUUGGAAUCCAAGCAGGUUUUAGCUGCACUGAAGAAAGUAAAUUUUACCCAGAAUGGCUAUUCUGUGUCUUUUGAUGCUAAUGGAGAUCCUGUGGCUGUUUAUGAACUGGUCAACUGGCAGAAAGACAUAAGUGGAAAUAUUGAGUUAGUAACAGUAGGAUACUAUGAUGCAUCCCUGCCUAUGACUGAAAAAUUCCACAUCAACAGAAAUAUAACCUGGAUGGAUGGCAGAGAAUUAAUGCCAGUGUCAGUGUGUACUGACAGCUGUCCUCCAGGAACUCACAGAGUGCUGCAAAAAGGAAAACCCAUCUGUUGCUAUGAUUGCAUACCAUGUCCUGAGGGAGAGAUCAGCAACACUACAGAUUCAUCUGAUUGUUUCCCAUGCCCCAUGGAAUUCUGGCCAAAUGCAGAAAGAGACUCAUGUCAUCCGAAACCAGUAGAGUUUCUUUCUAUUAAUGAGACUCUGGCGAUCAUCCUUGCUGCCUUCUCUGUUGGUGGAGCAUGUCUGGCCAUCUUAACAGCAGCAGUUUUUUUCCAUCACAGAACAACACCAAUAGUGCGGGCCAACAACUCAGAGCUGAGCUUCCUGCUGCUCUUCUCCUUGACUCUGUGUUUUUUAUGUUCCUUAACUUUCAUAGGGGCUCCCACUGAGUGGUCUUGUAUGCUGCGUCACUCAGCUUUUGGCAUCACCUUUGUUCUUUGUAUCUCCUGUGUGCUUGGAAAAACCAUAGUGGUCUUGAUGGCCUUUAAAGCAACACUGCCAGGUAGCAAUGUCAUGAAAUGGUUUGGUCCUCCACAACAAAGACUGACUGUAGUGCUCUUUACCUUUGUUCAAGUAUUAAUCUGCACCGUUUGGCUCGUGGUGAGGCCUCCAUUUCCAAUGAAAAAUUUCUCCACAUACAAAGAGCGGAUCAUCCUGGAGUGUGCUUUGGGUUCUUCCAUUGGGUUCUGGGCUGUGUUGGGGUACAUCGGACUUCUGGCUGUGUUCUGCUUUGUGUUAGCUGUGCUGGCUCGGAAACUGCCAGACAACUUUAAUGAAGCCAAGUUUAUAACAUUUAGCAUGUUGAUUUUCUGUGCAGUCUGGCUCACCUUCAUACCAGCUUAUGUCAGCUCUCCUGGAAAAUUCACAGUAGCUGUGGAGAUAUUUGCUAUUCUGGCUUCCAGUUUUGGGUUGAUAAUGUGUUUAUUUGCUCCAAAGUGUUUCAUCAUUCUGUGUCAACCUGAGAAGAACACAAAAAAACAUUUAAUGAAUAAAAAUUAAUUAUUUUUAAACCUUAUUAUCAUUUGUGUAAGUUUGUGUAUUAAGUUGCACUUUUCCAUAUAGUUUUGUUCAUAAUUGAUGUAUUUCUGUUUAUUAAUUAAAUUUUUUUUUUUACUAAUAUGCAACAUUUUCAAUUAUAUUCUCCCAAACAAUGUCACAUGUUU